CCUCCCUAAGAACAUUAACCCAUCUUCUGUAUAUGCCCUAGUCAUCUCCCUCCCAAGUCCCAACAACGAUGCGCAGAGAAUGAAGCAAUGGCCUCUGCUUCGUUCUCUCUCCGAAAGCCUAACCCGAACCCUAGCUGCCCAUUCUGCUUACACUCUUCGCUUCCUCUCCUCCGCCACAGCCUCACCAACCUUUGCUCUCAAGAACGUUACCAAGUCCAACUUCGAGUCCUCCCUCGCCGACCUCCGGCGCCAUGUUCGCGACGCCGAUUUCGUGGCCAUUGACCUCGAGAUGACCGGCGUCACCAGCGCUCCUUGGAGAGAAUCCUUCGAGUUUGAUCGGUUUGAUGUUCAGUAUCUCAAGGUUAAGGACUCGGCGGAGAAGUUCGCUGUUGUCCAGUUCGGUGUUUGUCCCUUCCGGUGGGACAGUUCUAGGCAUUGCUUCGUGGCUCAUCCGCACAAUUUUUAUGUUUUUCCUCGGCAAGAGCUUCCAGUUGAUGGCCCUUCAUAUGAGUUCCUCUGCCAGACAACGUCAAUUGACUUCCUAGCUAAAUACCAGUUUGAUUUCAAUGCCUGUAUAUAUGAAGGAGUAUCUUAUUUAUCCAGAGAACAAGAGAAUGAAAUGCUGAGAUGCCUAAAUUCCGAAUGUGAUGAUGAGAUGUCACUAUUGUGGCGUAACAUGAAAGAAGUUAGAGACACGCCACUGGUUAGUGUGGCAGAUGUUCUCUUCAGCGAAAGAAUGAAGAACAGGUUCAAUGAAUGGCGCAAGGAGUUAUUACAGGAUAGAAAGGGAGGGUCUCAAUUUCUGGAGACCUCAAAUGACAUGAAGCAACAAUUUCAAACUAUUUUCUUUAAGAUGCGACCAGCUCUUAUAUUGAAUGGGUUCACUGCUCAUCAGCUGAGAUUGAUUCAAUUGGUCAUAAAGAAGCAUUUUAAAGAUCUUGUUUACAUCCGUUCAAGUGGCGAUGGUUCCUACUCAGAACUAAUAGUAUAUAUAGACUCUGACAAUGACAAGAACCUACUUAUGAAAGAGGUGAAGGAUGGGCUUCGCAGAGAAGCAGAGAUGAAAAUUAAAACUGCGGUUGGGUUCCGGCAUGUCAUUGACCUUCUUUCCUCUGAACAGAAGUUGAUUGUUGGCCACAAUUGCCUUUUAGAUAUUGCACACAUAUACAACAAAUUCUUUGGACCUCUUCCAUUGACUGCUGAAGAUUUUGUCUCCUCUAUUCACAAGUACUUCCCAUACAUGAUUGAUACAAAAAUACUCUUGAAUACAAAUAAUGUACUUAAGCAUCUGAUGAAGAAUGGCAGCACAUCACUAUCGAAGGCAUUUGCCUCAUUGUGUCCGCAAAUUGCUUCCAGUUCCAAAAACUCGGGUUUGGCUUUCCAGCCAUGGGUUGAAGUUGAGGUGCAAGUGGAUGAUAUGAGGUCCUCCAACUGGAACUCCGGAGCCAAGCAUGAAGCUGGCUAUGAUGCUUUUAUGACUGGGUGUGUCUUUGCUCAGGCAUGCAGUAAUUUAGGAAUUGAUUUCAAGAAACAUUCUUCCUCAGCAAACUUGGCCCACAAUAAAAAUCUCCAGAAGCAUGUCAAUCACCUCUACUUCAGCUGGGUUAAUGGAGACAUUAUUGAUCUCGGUACUGGAAACAGAAUUGCGGCAACUACAGUUUGUUAUAACCUGAAAAGGCGGUACCCAAAGAUUUUGUUCUCUAAUAUUGUCAUAGUAUGGGGAUUUCCUUCCCAACUCUCAUCAAAGAAGAUAAGAGAGUGUAUCUCUAAAGCUUUUGGUCCAAUUUCUGUUACUACCAUCUAUCACUUGGAUGAAACUGCAGUUUUUGUUCAAUUCAGCAAGCCAGAGUUGGUGGCUGACUUUCUGGUUUUAAAAGAAACCUUAGAGACAAUUCAAGAUCCAAUCUCAGUUUUGCAUCCCCUCUCAGUACUGUUGGAAGGUGGAAACACUUGUGCUGCCAGCUAUGAAACUUAUAAAGAGAUUUGUAGCUCACCCAUCUCCAAAGUCAUGUUUGCAGAUCAGGCCAAGGCUGUUGGCAUUAAAUGGAAAACCAAAUUAAUUGAAUCAAAAGAAAAGGUGAAGACUCAAGAAGACGAAAGUUUCAGCAAAGAAAAUGGAGCCACUGAUGCUGCUUCUGAUCCUGCUGAUAAAAGCAAGACCAGGAAGAUCGAAGAUGUGAUAGAUAAUCUUUCAGAUGACCGUAUCUCAGGUAGUGAAAUCAUAGAUUCUUUGUAUGCUGCCCAAACCAAGCUUAGCAAGCAUAUUAGAACUACAAAUUUAUGAGCCUCUGGCCUCAUUGUAGCUAAGAGAACUGAAACAACAUGGAUCAUGAUAUGAAGGUCUCAGACAAGGCAAUCAUCAAUCAACUAAAACUACAGCUAAAAAUGAAAAUCAUCCACCUUGCCUAUUGCUCUUAAAUGAACAAAUAGAGAAUGACCCAGACUCCGCCAAGGGCGGUCACAAAAUAUGAUGCUAUAGACAACUUGGUGGUGGAAUUUAGCGACGGCGGUGGCACCCAGUUGAAAGAGCUCCGGUCAUUCCCACCACCGGCUUUAGGCGGAAGUGCAGAUACAUAAGCGGCUUCAGGUGAAAAUGCAGAUCCAUCAGUCUUAGGUGAAGGUGCUGGUUCUGGAGGCUUGACUUCGGAUUGGGCCAUUACUCGAAUGAUCAGUUUCUGACCUGACUGGCAGUGAUCAGGCUGGCCACUGAUGAAAUAGAAAACCCCAUGGCCAUCAAAUCGGAAGAGUGUGUUUCCAUCUUCGAAUUUGGAGAUGGGGUUUGAGGUGUUGCAGUUUGUGUAAUCUGUGUAGUUCACUACCAGCACUGAGUCCUGCUGGUACUUGAAAUCUGAAACAUUCACAAACAGGAAAACAAAGCAAGCAAAUUCAUCUGUAGUAUCACAACACUAAGGCUCCAUUUGGUUGCAGAGAAAAUGCAGGAAAAGAGAGGACUCAAAACCUUGAAAUAAAAGAAUUGAACUUUUUUAAAACCACACAAGCUUACAAUGCUCCUUGACUUACACACAGAAUCACCGACAUGGAACCUGUUCUUUUCAGCCCAGCCAUUGUAAGUUUCUGUCUCAUUUCCUGUAGGUUUGGUCCAACCUCCCUCACCCCCCACCUGGAAGGUGUACGACGACACAGAGACAACAGCAGUGGAGACUAAAAGAGACGUAAAGAAAGCAGAGUUGCAGAUUUUUGUUGCUAAAAGGAAAGCCAUGACCAACUCUUCUGCAGAAAAGCAAUGCAACUGAGGUUACUCUCUGCAAAUUAGGGAUUUUUUGGUUAUAUACAAAGUAGUGGGAUAGCGGUUAAGUCAGUUAUUUCUCUCAUGGAUUGAGAAUAGAGAGAGAGAGAGAGAGAGAGGUGGGUAGUGGGGUUGGGUGGUUAAAGCCUGAACUAGACAUUGGUUUACCUAGCAUAUCAUCAUCAUCUAUGGAAAGAAGAAGAAAAAAGUUUGAAGAACUUCUUGGAGCCAAGCAUAUAAUAUGGU